UUCCGGGAAACUCUGUAACCUGAACAAGACCAACUUUGUGUGUUUAGUCAUCUUUUCUUCUGUCUUUGACGACCCUAACUACUCGUUCCUUACUGUUUCCAACACUUGCUCUUCUGCUGAGGAUUGGUGUGGAUCUUUACCCACCAAGUCCCAGAUUGUGAUAUUAAUCUUCCAUCAGAUACACAUACGAUCAGAGGAGAGGUAGUCAAAGGCAAAAGCACCCUUAAGGCACUGGAGGGGUUUUAAAACCUUGAAGCAAGGCGUGUUAGAAAGUACAUGCCAUACUAAAGAAAGGAAUAUUAACAUUGGAAAAAGAAAACAGGAAAAUAUCUUACUGCUUUAGGAUUUUUGCAUUGGGUUCCAUAAAAAAUGCUAGUCCUAAUCUGAAAAUGGAAAACGAUCAAAGAGCUGGUGGUACACAAGAUAGUUCAAUAAUGAAAUCUGUUGAUCAAAGAAUACGCUCUAAGGGGCGUAAUGACAUAAUGACUCGCCGUCUGAAGAAUCGAGAGAGGCAACGAAGGUACAGGGCACGAAAGCGGCUAGAAGCUGAAACAAAGAAGUCAUUUGUUGUGGAAGAGACACCAGCUGUGAAAGUUGAACAACCACCAAAUGGGAACUACAACAACAACUGCAUGACCCGCAUAUAUUGUAAACGAGAUUGGAAGAAGGAUGCUAGACGUGCCCAUGUGUUAAAACAUGAACAAAUGAAUAGAUCUAUUGAUCCUCCAACCAUAACUAGCAUGCCUGAGAUGUCUUGCUUAGCCAUUGGAAAUAAGUCAGAAACAGUGCCAGAGAAGGAAAUUCAGUCUGAAUCUUCUAGUAUUGUUAGUACUGAAACUCCUAGAGUGGCGCUGAGUCGAAGAAAUUGGAAAGCAGAAGCUAGAAGAAAGAAAAACUAGUUGGCUCUUCAUUUCACGUUUUAAAAAGAGUUUUGAAAUGAUCAGGAUCAACGAAAAUCUGCUUCAUUUUCUACGUUAUUCAUUCAUACCUUUCAUCACAGACGUAGAAAGGGCAUCAAAGAAGAUACCUGCCUGACUCUGCUCAUUGCUUGAUGUUUGGCACAGAGAUAAUCAGAAGAUCAUCUCCACAGUGAAACGGAUUUUUUAUGACAUGUUGAGUAUGCAGGUAGAGUUUUCAACUUUAGUGCAAUGUAUGUUUGAGAAACAAACUAUCAAUCUAUUUAUGAAUUUGUAAUAUAUAAAUCUUGAUUUACGAAAUAAGAUGCUCUUAGAAGUCAA